AUGGGCGUGACGGUCGCCAAGCCGUCGAGGCGGAAGAAGAAAGGUUUAACCCGAGCUUCUCUUCCCGAUCUAACUUUAUAUUCCGAUCAAUCUAACUUUGCUUCUUUAUUUGCAGCCAUGGCCGAGUUCGGAGACGAAGAUGCCCCCCUUCCCCCGCCCGCCAAGAUCUCCCUUGGCGGCAAGAAGAAGGCGAAGGUGAAGCUAGCCGGGGAGAAGGAGAUCCCCUCGGCCCGACCGCUAAGCGCCUCGACCGCGACGACGGCCGAGGGCUUCAUCGUCGAGCCCUCAGACGUCCUGGUCACCCGGGUGGAAGUCGCCCGUGGUAAGGAGAGGGUCUCCGACCAGGGCGUGACCGAGGUGGGCGGCAUGAAACGCCGUCGAGAACAACGCAGUCCGAGCCCCUCGGUCGGGCGAGGGAAGGACGACACGUCUAUAUUGGCCCGGAUUGGCAACGCCGGGCCAGCAAAGGAGGAUCUGGGGAAGAUGACCCCAACCCAAGUGGCCGAGAGGAUUGGCCAUGACCUGGCCGAGAUUUCUCGAGCGGCCCAGCUCCUACAUGGUCGGGCCAUGCUGGCCGAAGAAGCCGACCAUCACAAGAAGACGGCCGCUCGUCGCUUGAAGGAAAUCAAGGACAUCCAGGCCGAGCUGGAGAAGGUCCAGAAGGGCCUAAAGAAGAGCGAGGAAGACCGGGUUCUCACGGAGAAGGUCGCCCAACGGGCGAUCGGGGAAGCCAAGGAACUGAAGGCCCGACUCGACAAUCCGAGCGAGUUGGUGCAGUCUGUCUUCAAGGACAGCGAGUCGGGCUCGGCGUUUCUCACAGCGGCCCGGGGAACAAAGGUCGGAGAGGACCUGAUUCUCUCCUUUGGACGAUGGGCCUUCAAAGCCGGGCAACGCAAAAUGCUCGAGCGAGCUCGUACCCGGAUGGAGCAAGCUCUUGAAGGAGACGACCUCCAAUUGGUCCUAUCGACCUUGCCCCCAGACCUAGCUGACCCCGGUCCCUCUCCCUUCGCUCCGAAAGAAAAGGCGGCCGGGCCUGGUGGAUCGUCUGCGGCCACUCCGAGCGGGAAGGAAACGGCUGCUGGAGCUCAGGAAGUAAAGAAGUAG